CCUAAAAGCCUCAUGCUCAAGGGAGCCAUUAUGGGCACAAGUCCUUAAAUAAAGAGUCAGUUUGUCUUGACACAUGUCCUCUCGUAGGACUGUUUUCUUUUAAAGGUGCUUAAAAAACUUUCUAACCCUGAUCACCUAUAAAAGAAAAUGGGUCCAACCUUGGAAUUUUGGAGUUUCAAAAUUUACCCACUAACAUGCCUUCAUAGAUCCAGUUCCAUGUGAAAGGGGGGUGAAAAUCUUUGGUUUCAAGGAAUUUACUCCUACUCGAUUGGAGAAGAACAGGCUUCGAUGUGGAAGUAAAGAUCUGGUGUCGAGCACUAUAUAUUUUUUAAAAUAGAAUUUGUACUCUUGUGGAUUUUCUUCUCAUAAUCUCAUGCAAAUUUCUAAACAAAGGUCACUUGGUGGGAAUGAAUGCAACAUGACAAAGUACAGACAGAGCGCCAGCCUUGGGCCUAAAGUUGGGCUCCAGAUUCUAGAAAAAGAAGAUUGAACGCCCAUAUGUGUAAACAUGAUUCCCAAAAUUUCUUUACCAUUUUUCGUAUAGCUACAGAACAACCUUUCCUCGAUGGGAUUGUGUGGACAGAGAGUUGGGUUUCUCACGUUUGACCUAUUUUAAUCGUAUUUGGCCACUACCGAAAUUAGCAUGUUGCUUGUGAAAUAGCGGGAUCUUGUUUUUUAGUUGUUUCAUUGUCCUUUGCCUCAGAUCCGCUGAUCAAAUUCCCUUCACAUUUAUAUGCAUCUUUUAACUCCAAAGCCGAUUCACCUGUUCCGCAUAUGGACAGCAGGGUUGGACUUCAACGGCAGUUCGAUCUGGGAGGCAAAGACAGACUUGGAUAGGGUGAGUUUAAAUUAUUUGGCCUGUUGGUAGCAAUGUAUUAGGUGAGGAGAAGGAUUUAGCAUUUAUCCGAUAAUCUGCUGUAUAGUUUGUGAUAGUUAAAUACAGUCCGAGAAAUAAUGAUUUUUAAGUCCAAGAUUAAGUGGGCAGCCCUUGUUGGUCUGUUAUUAUCUCUGGCUUCUCUGGUCACACAUCUUUUGUUAGCGAGGUCCUCCACCACAGAUCUUGUUCAGUACAAAACAGGCAUCUUGACAAUUUUUAACUGGCGCCCUGUGGUCGAGAACGAGGAGUUUGUUCCCAGGGCAAAAAAUCAGACUUCCCAUUAUAGGAAGCUAUGGGGCCCCGUGAAAUCGCUUCAAUCUUUGCAGCCCUUUGCGAAUCCCAGAAGCAACAAUUAUCCAGCUGCAAGCUGGCACAACAAUGGGUUUAUAUUUGUGAAGCUUCAAGGAGGCUUCCAAGAGAUCAGAACUUCGAUCUGCGAUGUGGUAGCUGUAGCCAGGCUCCUGAAUGCCACCUUGGUCAUUCCAGAACUUCAAGAGACAACAAGUACAAAGAGAAUCAGCUUGAAAUUCAAGAGUUUUGGAUACCUCUACAAUGAGGAGCAGUUCAUUGCAGCACUCAUAAAUGAUGUACUAAUUGUGAAAAGUCUUCCAAAAAGGUUUAAGACUGCGAGGAAGAACAAUGAGCUACCGGUUUUCUCACCUGCAUAUUCAGCUUCCACGGACUUUUACCUUCGAGAAGUUUUACCUAGUCUUAAAAAGACAAAGGCAGUUGGGCUACUGAUAUCUGGAGGUGGCUGUUUGCAGCCCAUUCUACCCCCAAAGCUGGCAGAAUACCAGAGGCUUAGAUGCAGAGUAGCAUUCCAUGCACUUCGCUUUCGCCAAGAGAUUUGGGAACUUGGUACUAGAAUUGUAAAAAGAUUGCAAGCUUCUGGACGGCCUUAUCUGAUCUUUCAUCCUGGCUUGGUGAAAGAUGCACUAGCUUAUCAUGGUUGUGCAGAACUUUUUCAGGAUGUGCAUACUGAAAUGAUACAACAUAGAAGAUUGUGGAUGAUCAAGCAUGGCAUUAUCCAAGGAGAUCUUAGUGUUGACUCAGAAGUACAGCGUCACAAUGGUUCAUGUCCCCUUAUGCCUGAAGAGGUUGGUAUUCUUCUCCGAGCUUUGGGUUAUCCUCCUGACACGAUAAUAUACGUAUCAGGUGGAGAAGUAUUUGGUGGGCAACGAGUACUGAUUCCACUUCGUGCAAUGUUCAAUAAUCUUGUGGAUAGAACAUCUCUCUGCACUGACAAAGAGUUGUCAGUAAUGUAUGGUCCAGAGGAGCCACUGAUUUUGCCAUCUCCACCACCCCCACAUUCAGAUAAUGAGAAACUUAGGCUUGCAACUUGGCAAAAUGCUGGACCUCGUCCUAGGCCUCUUGCUCCACCUGCUGCCAGGCCAAAAUAUCCGCACGAGAUAGAGGGUUGGUGGGGUUGGGUGGCUGAGGCUGACAAAGAACCAGAGCCUACUCCUUUAGACUUUAGAAUGCGAGCUCAUAAACUUCUUUGGGAAGCUCUUGAUUACAUCGUCAGUGUGGAAGCAGAUGCAUUCUUUCCUGGAUUUAAUCGUGAUGGUAAUGGCCGUCCAGAUUUCGCAAGCUUGGUUAUGGGGCAUCGCAUUUAUGAGUCAGCUUCUCUCAAAACCUACCGUCCUGACAGAAAAGUCAUUGUUAAGCUUUUCGAUGACAUUCGUGAUCACCUUUACAAACCAAACCAUACUUGGUUAGUUUCUGUUCGGGAACAUCUAAAUAACAGCACCCAUGAAAGCGGCCUUAUACAAAUGUCUCUCAAUGCAAAACCGCUCUCCUUUCUUUCUCAUCCUCUGCCUGAGUGUGCCUGUCGAACAUCUAAAAUAGAUGAAAUUUCAGCUUUCAAUUUGAGUUAUAUAAAAGACUCUCUGGGACGGUUAUUGUAUGGAGGUGAGGACCUUUGUCCUGAAUGGAUGAACCGUGGGAUCAUGUCUUCAGGAGAGAAAGAAAAGGAUGAAGAUGAUGAUUCUGAAGAUACUGAGGUAAAUUCAGGCCAGGUUAAGGAUAAUAUUAACGGAAAUAGUUCAGAAGAAACUGGUGGUAAAUCAGAAGAUAAUCAACCGAUGGUACAGGAUGAAGAAAUGGAUGUAGAUGAUUAAGAAGCAGGAUAAGAUUUAUGGUUGAAGCUGCACAAUUUGUUUUUACAAAAUAGGAAUGAAAAUGGAUUCUCAGGCUAGUACAUUCUGCUGCUUGUCACUGCUUGAUCAGAUGGUUACAGAUCAAUAUGAUUUAUUUCCAACCAGGAUUAUCUUUUAUCCUGUUGUAUAUCCGGAUGUCAGAAUCCUUGAUAUUCCUCAUUUCAGUUAAUAUGAAUGCAGAAAGGUCUGUCUAAGCAGAUCCCGUUGACAGCAAUUUCAGGAUUUACGGGUUGUAUGCCAUGAAGAUCAUGAUGUACAUAAGUUCUUAUUAUCAUAGUUCAGCUGUGGAAGCUGCUUUUUUGUUGCAGAUGCAAAUUUCAAAAGUUAAACAGCCUAAAUGCUGGAAUGCCUUCAGCACUAAAAGGCUUUUUUGACUUAAGCUAGGUCACUGAUUCAGUUAUUCUAUGGAGCAUGGCUACAAUUUUUGAUACUGGGUGCUCCAAUGUUGUCAAUGUGCACAAAGAGUGCAUUGAAGACAUAACUGUGGUCAUAAUUUAAGGUGUCCAUUCUUCGAAGAGAACCUUGAUUUUGAAUAUUUGUGUUGAGAAGAAAAAGCUGUGCAAUUAUAUGGUAUGAAAUUUUGCUGUUCAAUCCAUGUAUGGAGGAUAAUAUUUAGUCGAUUGAGAUUACAAGCAGCCUUACAAAAAGUGAAAGGCAAUUCUUAUUGUUA